AUGGCCUUCAACAAGAAAUAUGCCGGUCUUCCGGACCUUGACCCCUCUCCAGAUAUCUAUGAAACCCCUGACCUGACCGACGAAGCAUCCACCGUUCCCACUGCAACCGUCCGCACUGACUUCGACCAUGAUGACGUAGGCACGAGUCCCGAUAUCGAUCGUGAAGGUGUCAACGCAGACCAGGCGCGCAUGCACUUUAUGGGUGCCGCGGUGGAUGCCCGCGACGCCAAUUUCUCCGACAGUAUUUCCAUGAAGCGACAAGCAUACCGCAGCAAGAAUAAGACUCGCCGUCGACGGAUACGCGACGAUGGCACAGAGGAAGUUGGUGACUUUAGUGACAGUGAAGACGAAUCGCUCGACCGGCGGCUGGCACGUCUGCGGCGCGAAGUGGAGGACCUGAAAGUGGAAAUGGCUAGCAAGGCUUCUGCGGAGGGACAAGUUGUUACUGAGUCGAAGCCGUCCCAAUCUGCGGAGCAGCAGGGUGACAAGGAACUGGGCGACGGUGUCGCGGAGUUGAGUCGGGCACUGGAUAACUUGCACGCCUCGUCGCGAAGCAGUCAGACUCCUUCAGGUUACUCGGCCGCUGCUGCUCUAUCUCAGAAACUUGCUUCCGAUGUGAACGCGGCGGCAUCUGGUGCGCAGCAACACUCAUCCGCUGAUGGACAGCUGUCUGUACCCUCUCAACCAGCUCCAACCUCCCCGGGAAUCCUUUCACACGCAGCUGCAUUCGAGGGCCGAUUAGCUCUUCUUGAAUCCUCUAUGGGCAUUUCAAGCUCAUCGAACCCAUUUGUCGGUGGCGGCAUCGGCGAGCCUGCACUCCAGCCCGUCCUCCCAGCUAUCGACCAGCUUGCUUCUAGACUUGCAGCUCUCACUGGUCUCCUCGUCGGUACAAACCCUGCGGCCGGGGGCCCAUCGAUGCCAGGCAUGACAACUCCACAUCUCGAAGCUCUUUCUACAAGGGUUCGCAAGUUGACCACAGACGCCGAAGCUCUCGCCUCUGCCCGUAAGCGUGCAGCCGACGCGGCCAAGGCUUCUCAGAAUGCACGCAUCGCGAACUCGGAAGAUGACACGCUCGCGCAAGAUGUCAAUUUUGGGAAUGACGAGCAGACUGCUAAAAUCCAAGCCCUCUAUGCGACCCUCCCCACAAUCCAGUCCCUUCAUCCAUUGUUACCGAGUGUCCUCGAGCGCCUACGCUCUCUGCGCGCUUGCCAUGCCGGUGCCGCCCACGCCGCCGAAUCCCUUAACGAGCUAGAGAAGCACCAGGCCGAAAUGACGUCUGAAAUCGAACAGUGGCGCGAAGGUCUAGCGGCCGUGGAAGAGAAGAUGUCCCAGGGUGAAGCUGCUUUGCGUUCGAACGUUGAAACUGUUGAGCCCUGGGUUCGUGGCCUGGAGUCUCGUAUGGCACGCCUGGACGGUCCUCCCGGCGGCUUGUAG